UAAUGGCAACAUGUAUGAUGAAAAUAAAUAAUUUUGUGCGAAAGAACGGUCUUGCAACAUAAAUCGUAAUUUUAUGGAUUAUAGUUGAUAUCAAUCGUAAAAAUAAAAUUGUUGAUUUUCACACACUGUUUAACAAUUACUUGAUUUAUAUAUUUUUUUAUUGCUGAGUGAUUUUUAUAGCAAGUUAUGUCUUCCAGUGAAGCACCAUCAGCCACCGCGCAGGUAAUUUCAAAAAAUGGUUCUCCUAUAAUAGACAUUGAUAAUAUGAAAGUUCCUGAGCUCAAAAAAAGACUGAAAUCAAUGGGUUUGCCUACUUCCGGGAAUAAAGCAGAAUUGAUUGAAAGGUUGCAAGAGGCAUAUUUAAGUGAAAAAGAUGGAAGUCUAGAUGGAACGUUAGAUGAUGAAAGUUUGGAAGAAGCUCUGUUAAAUGAUGACCCGGAGCAAAGUGCUAUUCCAGAAACAGUUAUUGGUACCGAAGAAUUUUCUUUCUCAUCUCCUGAAAAAGAUUUACAAAAGGUUGCAGAAAGCAACGUAUCUAAACCUUUGAAGAAGAGAGUUGUAGCUCAAACACCUUCGCCAACAGUUGAGUCUCCUAAACCUUCAAAAAUAGUCUUAAAAAGAGACAAUUACCCAACAAUUGAACCUCCUGAACCACAACCAACUUCAAAAAAAGAUCAUCCUUUGAUUGAAGCACCGAAAUCUGAGGUUGUUGCUAAGGCUACUAAAAUUUUAACUGCUUCGGAGCGACUGCAGUUGAGAGCCAAAAGGUUUAACAUUGACAGCAAAACUAGUUCAGAUACAAGUGCUGUGAAAGUUACUGGACCAGGUGAAAAGGUUGGAUCAGUUACUGCUCCAGCUGUUGCAUCUGCUAAAGGUGGUAAUUUAGAUGUUUUAAGAAAACGAGCUGAGAGGUUUGGUGAAAAUGUCUCUACUGUAAUGAAACAGCUUGAAAAUCAAGAAAAGCUUUUAAAACGAAAGAUGAAAUUUACGGGUGGUGCAGUUCAAACUGUAAGCUCCACUGAUAAGUCUCUUGGCGGUGAGCAAGAUAAGAAGAAGCAGCGUUUGGAGCGGUUUGGACUUGUCAAGUAGUGAAUUGUCAUUAAUACACUAAAAAACUUUUUCAUAAUAUUGGCUAAAACAUAAUAUAUUUCACUCAUCAUAAUGUAUCGUUUAUAAUUAAAUUCUUUAAGGAAUAAUUAUUAGCCUUUGCCUUUUUUUUAAGAUAAAAGUAAAAUUACCUAACCAUAAUAAUAAUAGCAUUGUGUUGUAAACAAUAAGAAACUUUGUCAAAUUCUUUGCUUAUUGAAGAUGCGCAAAAUAAAGAAUUUUCAGGUCAUUUGUAAAAUUAUUACCUCUAAGAGUUGAAUAAUUGCUACUGUAAUAGUGCCACCAUUAAAUAUUUUUUUUAAAUAUUG